UAGCAACUACUCAAACACAUCUCAAGUACAUAGAGUUAGCUUGGUGAAGUUAAUUAGCUUGUUAAGUGAACUUUUCCUUCUCCUUUGCCUGUUUUAAGUCCUUCACAAUGUCUAACGGUGUGUAUCAAACAGAAAGCGUCUACAAUCGUGUUCCAUAUGAAGAGGUUCACACUCAAAAACCGCAAAGGUAUAUUUCCAAGUUUAGGCCGACCGUUGUUCUUGAGGAAAAGUCAACCAAGGAUGCAAUGAGGACGAUGGGACCAGCUAAUGUAGAGGUGCCAUCCCCAGAGAAAUACCUCAAGAAGCAUUCAAAAGAGCCCAAAUUACCCGAAAAGACAGAGUGUUCGAAAGAGGUUCGUCACACCUGCUGCACUGUGAAGAAACCAGCGGUUCCUGCAAGGACAGACAUCCCACCUCUUAUGGGCAUUCACACCAAGAGAGACUUCAUAAAGACAGCUACCGUGGUGCCAAUGAAGCCCCAGCCUAUCUGGGUGGACAAAAGUAACGGACACAAGCAGCUCCUUGAGAACUCAGGACUUGUCCCCAAAUACAUCAAGAAAAAGCAUUAUGGAGAAGUACCUGAGUACCUGCAGCAGCGCAACGAAGAAGAGCAGAGAGCUCAGGAGGAGUAUGACAACUAUGUGAAAGAACAGCGGGAGCAGGGAUCCAUGAAACACCUGUCUGACGAGGAACGACAAGCCGUCCUGGAGGGCCUGAAGAACAACUGGGAUAAGCUGCACCAUGAGUACCAGGGUCUCUCGGUCAUCACAGACAACCUGUCCAAGAAGGCCCACAGGGAGCGCCUCGAGGUGGCGAUGAAGCAGCUGGAGCACGACAUCAACCUCUUUGAGAGGUUCAAGACCAUCUACAUACCCAAUAACUAGCACAUAAAAAACUGGAUUUUAAAUAAAAUACUGCAUUUGUAU